AUGGAUCCUCCAACCAAAACUAUUCACUGCCUCCCGGUCGAAAUACUCUCCCUGAUAUUCAAGCUGGCCGUAAAUCGACAUAUAGAAAGUCCGAUGCCCCAGCUUCAUAUCAAGCACAAGUGCAAAAAACGCCCUAAGGAAGCCCGCGACCCGACUCUGCUUUAUAUUACUCACGUCUGCGCUCUAUGGCGUGCUACGGCAAUUAAUGACUCAUCUCUGUGGACUCAUAUUGACUUUUCUUCGCCUCAACGCACUCUCGUGUUCCUUGAACGGGCCCGCGCUAGUCCUCUCCGCGUCGCCUUGACUACUCCUCAACUCUCGUCCAGAUUUAUCGAGGCCACUGGUCUUUUCUGCGGGACUACGAAUAUACAAGGACUCAAGUUGGACGUAGAUUUUAGGACGAUCUCAAGCACAGUCGCACACAUGCAAAAGGCUUCAUUUCGCGCACCUCGACUUCGCAUGCUAAGCAUCUGCAGCGCGGAGUGUUUCUACGACGUCGAGGCUGCUCUGACCUUUUUUAUGGAAACCGUCCCCGAACUGCAGAUGCUCAAGCUGAUGCAUUGCAAGAUCACCUGGCCUAGUGCAAAUUUCGACAGCUUGCGGCAACUCCACAUUAUCCAUUCACCCAUCAUGUGCUCCAUUCGCGACUUUGCCGACCUUCUGGGCCAGAUGCCAAAUUUGACCCACCUCGAAGUCAAUACAUCAUUACCGCGAACGGCUAGUCAUCUAUAUUAUCCCCAGAAACAAACGUCGAACUUGGAAAGCCUCGAAUACCUCUGUGUAGGCGACGCCGCGCAAGCAAUUGCUCGAUUCAUCUGCAGCGUCCAGCUCCCAAAGAUUAUCGAUUUAUCGCUUGCCGCUAUCGCAAACGAAAGCCCGCAGCCCCACGUCUUCGCUAUCGCCCGACGACUUGCGGAUCUGUAUGGCCCCGCAUCGUCUUCUGAUCUAGUCAAGAUGCACCUUAUUGAAAGCCCUGGUCGUCUUCGUGUUCAACUCCAAGGCUCCAGCUGCCAGGUACCCACUGCCGAACUCGUGAUACUGGCGAAUCGACCAUUGUACCCGCUCCUUGUCCCAGUCACCGAAAUUAUGGCCAUUCCUCAACUAUCAUACUUUUGCUGCGACAUAUCAUCGUUCUCCGCUGAAGACUGGCUUCUGUCUUUCGGUCAUUUGGAGAAUCUGAGAAAGAUUCAGCUUCCUCGCAACGGGCUGACCUCUCUGAUGGUUGCACUUUUUCUCAUGCGUAACACCGACGGUAACACCUCGGGAAUAUCUUUUCCCGCUUUACAAAUCAUUGUGGUUGCGAAGGAUCAGCGUAGGACAACCUCCAACAGCAAUUCGGCAGCUUUAGUCCCGCAAACUCUAAGCUAUCGAGCCACUAAGUCUAGCGCACCGAUUUCUCUCAUUUGCCAAAGGGUUAGCGACUCUGAUCCUUUCUUGGACUACUUGAAAACCGAGAAUGUCCCACAUGUUGAGCUUCCCUACGUUCUCACUGUGUAG